AUCAAAUACGUUGCAUGGUUGUGAGCUUGGGAGUACUGGUCUUGUUCUGAAGGAUUAUAACUGUUAGUGUGAAUAUCAUUAAUUAAGAGAUAAAGAAUAGAUGGAAAUGGAUGUUUAACGGCACGCUAGCUACAUAUAAUUUAGUCUACAUAUAGUUAGUUACAGGCGAACAUCCGAUGCGGGAACAAAUUGGCGGGUGUUACAGCUGAUCCUAUGCCAGAUCGGCAACUUUGUUAUUGAUACACAUAAACCUCUGAACACUAUGGACCAGAGAGGUGCCACCAAUGAAGGCAGUUACUCCGAUGACGAAGAUAACGACAAGUCGCUAAGAGCUGGCACUGCUUAUAUGAAUGGAAUCAAUGGCAUAAACCUGUCCUGUCUCGAUGUUGAGGCUAGUGACAACGAAAUGUUGAUUGACAAUGAGUCUAUACACGACGCUGUUAUCGGAGAGGUGGAGAGUGGCGACCACAUGGAGCAUGUUGAUAUGACUGAAAUGAAUCCCAAUGAUUCACACAAUAUGAUUAACGAUGAUGCAAGGGCUCAAAUGACAAAACACAAAGGGAAACAAAGUGGUGAUACAUAUAUUGAUUAUAAAGAUGAUGAAGACUAUGGUGCGUCAUUUGGCACAUUUGGUUCACUCAUGAAUGACGAUACAACUUUGAAAAUCCGUGGGGAAAUGCCAGAAACAUACUCAUCAGCAAUGUCCACACACUCCCCUCCGGUAGCACCCAAGCCUAACAUCUUGAAUAAAUCAGAUUUAUGUCCAACGGAAGACAUUGAUGAAAUGAAGGACACUGAUGAGACAUCGCCAUUGCGAAUGUACCAUAACACAGCUGAUGCUGGACAUGCGGACUUACCAAUGACAAACGAUCUGACAAAUCUAUAUUCGCAUCCACCGCGCAAGCCACCGCGUUCUCCACCUAGUACACAUACUUACGAAAACGGCCCAUUUCAUAGAGACUUUUUAACCACCAAAACGGUUGAUAGUAUGAAUAACAUUAUCAAAGACAAUAUUAAUGUUGGGCCCAAAGCGCCGAUUGGUUUUGAAGCCUACAUCACCGAUGGUAUCGGUCUAAAUGAGGACGAGCAAUCUCACUCUGAUCGGCAGGCUGAAACGACCACGGACAAUAAUUCAACUGCGGGAGGGAGUAUGUCCCACACUGGCACAGUGAGAUACAACGGCUCAAUCUUACUAGAUAGGGAUGGAGAUAAUGAGUACCCUACAAGAUGUAUCAUAAAAGACAGAUCACAACAAAGAAGAUCCAUCUUUGAAAAUGAAAUACUUGAAUCGUUUAUGCCUUGUUUUCGUAGAGACACAGCGAGAGAACGAUUAUGGGGAAUUGUGAGUAAUGAAAUAACAAUACUCUGCUUAGCAUUAAUUGCACUUAUUACUAGUGCCGCCAAAAUAACUCUGACAAGUCAUCAGUUAUCAAAGAUGGGCCUUGUUACGGUGACGUUUCUUGAAGUGAUCGCUGCAAUAAGCAGCAUAGCAUUGAGGACAGCUGAGGCCUGGUUUAAAAUGGCCGACGAAAAGGGAGCAAGGGACGUUGAGUUGGUGAUGAGAAUGCAACGGCAAAAGGGGAAGAAGGCAACAUGGGUGUACUCUUCUGGAACUUCACCAGAGCUGAAGAGCUGGAGAAAAAAAUUGGUUGCUAUCGAGGCCAUACUAGGGAGUGUUAUCAUUUUAGGAUUUGUGAUAUGUGCUGUUAGAAAUUCACUUCUUGUUACUGUUCUCACGACUAACGUCCCGCUCUUCAUCGGGGAUGUUCUCGGUCGCAUGUCAGUAUACCACCUUAAUGUUGGUCUCCUAAAAAUCAAGCAAGACCAUUUAAAGAUGGCACUUAUGGAGAGUUUGUAUCUGCUACAGGACAACGUACCAUCUAUUAGACGAAAGAGAUUCAUUAAUAGUGUUAAAGCAUCUUUUUAUUUCCCAGCAUAUAUUGAUAUACCUAGAUUGGAGCAGAUCUCAGUCGGGAGAGGAUUCGGUGAGCAGACAGAGACAUCUUUUGAGACGGUUGAUGAAUCAGCCGAGACCUCUUUGAUGGCCUUAGCCUAGUGUAAGUCAGGAGAGUAAACCACAAUUCAAUGAAGCUGUGUAUGGCUGUAUACUGCAAAUGUUAAGCUUCGCCUUUUGAGGGGAGGGGGUAAGAUAUGCUUGUACUUCAGUACAUGGUCACGAACGAACGAUACAAAUGAAACAUAAUGGUAUCAAAAGAAUUCUUUAUUCUUUUUCUAUCAUCCUAGCCUAACGUAAGGUUUACUAUACAUACAGGGUGAGCCAAGAAAAAUUUAACCAAAAUAAAUGUGAAUAACUCAUGAUCAGUCAUCCAGCAUGGGUUUAAAGUUAUAUUUGGCACAAUUUAACCUUGUUCAAUGUUUUUUUAAUUCUACCAAAUUUCAUUUCAA